CGCCGCCGGAGCCGCCGCCGCCGCCGCCUCGGCCGCUGCUGGACUAGGAGCAGGGGAACAUGGCGCCGGGGCCCCCGUCGCCGUUGCCGGGAUCCUUGAGGCCGGGGCCGCGCUGAGGGCGCCCAGCUGAUUUCUGUGAAGGGAUAGAUAUUAGACCCACUUUACAGAGAAUAAUUGAGUCACAGACAAGGGAUGACCUGCCAAUUGCAUGCAGCAGUCACUUCAAGUAGGACCGAUGCUACCAAGUUGCAUUUCAAGAUUGGUGACCUCAAGACCUGACAGAUCCUGGGGAAGAAAUGUUGGCUAUUUGGCGAUGAGAAGUGGCGAACAGUGACCAUACUGGUAUACAACACUAUGGGACCUGGCGUUUUUGCUGCAUGUCCAGCCCACCCCCACUAAUAAUGUAGGAAGCCGUCUGGUCCGUUGGAAACACUAAUCUGAUCUCGGAAGUGGCCGAUCGUGGCAGGAUGUGUCGACGAUGAUGAUGGCAAGAAAGCAAGAUGUCCGAAUUCCCACCUACAACAUCAGUGUGGUGGGAUUGUCUGGGACCGAGAAGGAGAAGGGCCAGUGUGGGAUUGGAAAGUCUUGUUUGUGCAACCGCUUUGUGCGCCCAAGUGCUGACGAGUUUCACUUGGACCAUACCUCCGUCCUCAGCACCAGUGACUUUGGAGGGCGAGUGGUCAAUAAUGACCACUUCCUCUACUGGGGAGAAGUUAGCCGCUCCCUGGAGGACUGUGUGGAAUGUAAGAUGCACAUUGUGGAACAGACUGAAUUUAUUGAUGAUCAGACUUUUCAACCUCAUCGAAGCACGGCCCUGCAGCCCUAUAUUAAGAGAGCUGCUGCAACCAAGCUCGCAUCAGCUGAAAAACUCAUGUACUUUUGCACUGACCAGCUGGGGCUGGAGCAGGACUUUGAACAGAAGCAAAUGCCAGAUGGAAAGCUGCUCGUUGAUGGUUUUCUUCUUGGUAUCGACGUUAGCAGGGGCAUGAAUAGGAACUUUGAUGACCAGCUCAAGUUUGUCUCCAAUCUCUACAAUCAGCUUGCAAAAACAAAAAAGCCCAUAGUGGUGGUCCUGACUAAGUGUGACGAAGGUGUUGAGCGGUACAUUAGAGAUGCACAUACUUUCGCCUUAAGCAAAAAGAACCUCCAGGUUGUGGAGACCUCAGCGAGGUCCAAUGUAAAUGUGGACUUGGCUUUCAGCACCUUAGUGCAACUCAUUGAUAAAAGUCGGGGAAAGACAAAAAUCAUUCCUUAUUUUGAAGCUCUCAAGCAGCAGAGUCAGCAGAUAGCUACAGCAAAAGACAAGUAUGAGUGGCUGGUGAGUCGCAUUGUGAAAAACCACAAUGAGAACUGGUUGAGUGUCAGCCGAAAGAUGCAGGCCUCUCCAGAAUACCAAGACUAUGUCUACCUGGAAGGGACUCAGAAAGCCAAGAAGCUGUUUCUCCAGCACAUCCACCGCCUCAAGCACGAGCAUAUCGAGCGUAGGAGAAAGCUGUACCUGGCAGCCCUGCCAUUAGCUUUUGAAGCUCUUAUACCUAAUCUAGAUGAAAUAGACCACCUAAGCUGCAUAAAAACCAAAAAGCUCCUAGAAACCAAGCCAGAAUUCUUGAAGUGGUUUGUUGUGCUUGAAGAGACACCAUGGGAUGCCACCAGCCACAUUGACAACAUGGAAAAUGAACGGAUUCCCUUUGAUUUAAUGGAUACCGUCCCUGCAGAACAGCUGUACGAGGCCCACUUAGAGAAGCUGAGGAACGAGAGGAAAAGAGUUGAGAUGCGAAGGGCAUUUAAAGAAAACCUAGAGACCUCUCUUUUCAUAACUCCCGGAAAACCUUGGGAAGAGGCCCGUAGUUUUAUCAUGAAUGAAGAUUUCUACCAGUGGCUGGAAGAAUCUGUAUACAUGGAUAUUUAUGGCAAACACCAAAAGCAAAUUAUAGAUAAAGCAAAGGAAGACUUUCAGGAGUUGCUUCUGGAAUAUUCCGAAUUGUUUUAUGAGCUGGAGCUGGAUGCUAAGCCCAGCAAGGAGAAGAUGGGUGUCAUUCAGGACGUUCUGGGAGAGGAACAGCGAUUUAAAGCAUUACAGAAGCUCCAAGCAGAGCGUGAUGCCCUUAUUCUGAAGCACAUUCAUUUUGUGUACCACCCAACAAAGGAGACAUGCCCCAGCUGCCCAGCUUGUGUGGACGCUAAGAUUGAGCACUUGAUUAGUUCUCGGUUUAUCCGGCCGUCUGACCGGAAUCAAAAAAAUUCACUCUCUGACCCCAACAUUGAUAGAAUCAACUUGGUUAUAUUGGGCAAAGAUGGCCUUGCCCGAGAGUUGGCCAAUGAGAUUCGAGCCCUUUGUACAAAUGAUGACAAGUAUGUGAUAGAUGGUAAAAUGUAUGAGCUUUCCCUGAGGCCAAUAGAGGGGAAUGUCAGGCUUCCUGUGAACUCUUUCCAGACGCCAACAUUUCAGCCCCACGGCUGUCUCUGCCUUUACAAUUCAAAGGAAUCACUAUCCUAUGUAGUGGAAAGUAUAGAGAAAAGUAGAGAGUCCACGCUUGGUCGGAGGGAUAAUCAUUUAGUCCACCUCCCCCUGACAUUAAUUUUGGUUAACAAGAGAGGAGACACCAGUGGAGAGACUCUGCAUAGCUUAAUCCAGCAAGGUCAGCAAAUUGCUAGCAAACUUCAGUGUGUCUUUCUCGACCCUGCUUCUGCCGGCAUUGGUUAUGGACGCAACAUUAAUGAAAAGCAAAUCAGUCAAGUUUUGAAGGGACUCUUGGACUCUAAGCGUAACUUAAACCUGGUCAGUUCUACUGCUAGCAUCAAAGAUUUGGCUGAUAUUGACCUGCGAAUUGUUAUGUGUCUGAUGUGUGGAGAUCCUUUUAGUGCAGAUGACAUACUUUUUCCUGUCCUUCAGUCCCAAACCUGUAAGUCUUCCCAUUGUGGAAGCAACAACUCUGUUUUACUUGAACUACCAAUCGGACUACACAAGAAGCGGAUUGAGCUGUCUGUUCUUUCAUACCAUUCCUCGUUUAGCAUCAGAAAGAGCCGGUUGGUUCAUGGGUACAUUGUUUUUUAUUCAGCCAAACGUAAGGCCUCUUUGGCUAUGUUGCGUGCCUUUCUUUGUGAAGUGCAGGACAUUAUCCCUAUUCAGCUCGUAGCACUCACCGAUGGCGCUGUCGAUGUCCUAGACAAUGACUUAAGUCGGGAACAGCUGACUGAGGGGGAGGAGAUUGCUCAAGAAAUUGACGGAAGGUUCACAAGCAUCCCCUGUAGCCAACCCCAGCAUAAACUUGAGAUCUUUCACCCGUUUUUUAAAGAUGUGGUGGAGAAAAAGAACAUAAUCGAGGCUACUCACAUGUACGAUAAUGCUGCCGAGGCCUGUAGCACCACCGAAGAGGUGUUCAACUCCCCCCGGGCAGGGUCACCGCUCUGCAACUCAAACCUGCAGGAUUCGGAAGAAGAUAUCGAGCCAUCUUACAGCCUGUUUCGAGAGGACACAUCACUGCCUUCUCUGUCCAAAGACCAUUCUAAGCUCUCUAUGGAACUGGAGGGAAACGAUGGGCUGUCUUUCAUUAUGAGCAAUUUUGAGAGUAAACUGAACAACAAAGUACCUCCGCCAGUCAAACCAAAGCCUCCUGUUCAUUUUGAAAUUACAAAGGGGGAUCUGUCUUAUUUAGACCAAGGCCAUAGGGAUGGACAGAGGAAGUCUGUGUCUUCUAGCCCCUGGCUGCCUCAGGAUGGGUUUGAUCCUUCUGACUAUGCUGAGCCCAUGGAUGCUGUGGUGAAGCCAAGGAAUGAAGAAGAAAACAUAUACUCUGUGCCCCAUGACAGCACCCAAGGCAAAAUCAUCACCAUUCGGAAUAUCAACAAAGCCCAGUCCAACGGCAGCGGGAAUGGUUCCGACAGUGAAAUGGACACCAGCUCUCUAGAGCGAGGUCGCAAGGUUUCCAUCGUGAGCAAGCCAGUGCUGUACAGGACGAGAUGCACCCGGCUGGGGCGGUUUGCUAGUUACCGAACCAGCUUCAGCGUGGGGAGUGAUGAUGAGCUGGGGCCCAUCCGGAAGAAGGAGGAGGAUCAGGCAUCCCAAGGUUAUAAAGGGGACAAUGCCGUCAUUCCAUACGAAACAGACGAAGACCCGAGGAAGAGGAACAUUCUUCGCAGUCUAAGGAGAAACACUAAGAAACCAAAGCCCAAACCCCGGCCAUCCAUCACAAAGGCAACCUGGGAGAGUAACUAUUUUGGGGUACCCUUAACAACUGUCGUGACUCCAGAGAAGCCGAUCCCCAUUUUUAUUGAAAGAUGUAUUGAGUACAUUGAAGCCACAGGACUGAGCACAGAAGGCAUCUACAGGGUCAGCGGGAACAAGUCGGAGAUGGAGAGCCUGCAGAGACAGUUCGAUCAAGACCACAACCUGGACUUGGCAGAGAAAGACUUUACGGUGAAUACCGUGGCCGGCGCCAUGAAGAGCUUUUUCUCAGAACUGCCUGACCCCCUGGUCCCGUACAACAUGCAGAUCGAUUUGGUGGAGGCACACAAAAUCAACGACCGGGAGCAGAAGCUGCAUGCCCUAAAGGAGGUAUUAAAGAAAUUUCCAAAGGAAAACCAUGAAGUCUUCAAGUAUGUCAUCUCUCACCUAAACAAGGUCAGCCACAACAACAAGGUGAAUCUCAUGACCAGCGAGAACCUCUCCAUCUGCUUCUGGCCCACCUUGAUGAGACCUGACUUCAGCACCAUGGACGCCCUCACAGCCACGCGCACCUACCAGACAAUCAUUGAGCUCUUCAUCCAGCAGUGCCCCUUCUUCUUCUACAAUCGGCCCAUCACUGAGCCCCCCGGCGCCAGGCCCAGCUCCCCCUCUGCCGUGGCUUCCACCGUCCCCUUCCUCACUUCCACGCCUGUCACGAGUCAGCCGUCACCCCCCCAGUCACCUCCACCUACCCCCCAGUCUCCACUGCAGCCACUGCUUCCCUCCCAGCUUCAAGCCGAACACACGCUGUGAGCCACCAAGGCCUGGGGCUUCAGGAGAACCAGUCCUCUCUCUGUUGGGGUGGCAUUUGGCCUUGAACAAAACCAAGUCCACUGGGGGCAGGGGCAGGGGCCAGUGGCCCUCCCAUCACCUUCUGAAGACCUCUGUGGGAGUACCAGCCAAUGGUACCACGGGCCAGGCUGGCAGGUGCCCUGGGCCCGGCGCUGCAGACCUGGGCGGGCUACAGGCAGCAGCCAUGGGGCCCUGUCCUUUGACUUGGACCCCUUUGAGGACUGAACUAGGGAGGCAGUGGCCCCAGUGCCCUCCCUGUGUUUCCUGGACCACCACCCCACCUGGCUGCCCACACCGACCUCAGGGCGCCUCCCCUUGCUUGUACAGAGCCCAUGGUCGGGACAGUGCCCUGGCCUUUGCCAGGGAGGAGGAUGCUCCGAGAUUCGGGUCUGCCCCAGGGCGGGCUGGCAACCCCCGAAGAGAAGAGAACACUUUCUAUUGGUCCUUCCGUAUCUGCGCACACCCCCCCCAAGGUAGGGGUGCAGCCUGGCUGGCGGCCUCCUUAGGAACAUGUAGGCCACGGCUCUGCCACCACUAGGUACCUGCUGAGGGCGCUGGCCCUGCAGAUGAGAACAGUGGAGGACAGCUUUGUGCCUGAGCGCAGAGAGUGGGGCUCCACACCGGCCCACUCCACAGGCUUCCCCAUAUAUUCCCUCGCAAACAAAGGAACACUCGGAGGAAAAAUGGAAAAACCCUUCCACUAACUAAAAG